AUGACAUUGUGGAUAGACUUAAGGCUCGGUUGGGUUUUGAGAAUAGCUUUUCUGUGCCGGCCCAAGUUUUCGGCCCGCCAUAUUGAUUUAGAGAUUCAUGUUCCUGGCUUUGUUCAUUGGCGUCUUACUGGGUUCUAUGGUGAGCCAAACCGUUCGAGAAGACAUACAACUUGGAAUCUUCUUCGUGAGCUUGCCGAUUCUUCACCAUUACCAUGGUGUAUCCUUGGAGACUUCAACAACAUUACCACGCAUGAUGAUAAAAAGGGCGGUCGUCCUUACCCUCAAUCUUUGAUCCACGGCUUCAAUACUGCUCUCCAUGAUUGCCGAUUGUGUGAACUUCAACUGCGUGGUCAUAAGUACACUUGGGAGCGUGGAAAAGGGACUCAAAAUCACAUUGAAAUAAGGUUAGACAAAGCUUUUGCUACUCAGUCUUGGCUAACUAUUUUUAAUGAGGCUUGUUUGUCAAAUUUUGAUUUUUCAUCCUCCGAUCAUACACCUAUUUUUCUUGAACCUGCUCCUUGUGUGAUGAGUAAACCUGUGGUCAUUUUUCGGUAUGAAAAUGCUUGGAGCCGUGAGCCUCUAUGCAGUCAAAUUGUUCGAAGUUGUUGGGAGCUCAAUGCUACUCUUUCCCUUGCUGAAAAAACUAAACUUUGUCUUGAUACUCUUCUUGAGUGGGGUCGUGAUCUUACUGGUCAGUUUAAGAAGCGGUUGGCUACUAGUAAGAAGAAGCUUUCGUGUCUUAAGUCCCGUGACAAUCCGGAUUCUCAUGAAGACUUCUUGAUUGAUCAAAUUGUUCGAAGUUGUUGGGAGCUCAAUGCUACUCUUUCCCUUGCUGAAAAAACUAAACUUUGUCUUGAUACUCUUCUUGAGUGGGGUCGUGAUCUUACUGGUCAGUUUAAGAAGCGGUUGGCUACUAGUAAGAAGAAGCUUGCGUGUCUUAAGUCCCGUGACAAUCCGGAUUCUCAUGAAGACUUCUUGAUUGAGCAAUGCAACUAUUUUGAGAUUUUGGCUCAGCAAGAACUCUAUUGGAAGCAGAGGUCUAAACAAUUCUGGUUAAAUGGAGGAGAUAAGAACAGUAAAUACUUUCAUGCUACCGCAAGCUCUUGCAAACGGAAUAACCAAAUAGUUCAGCUUCAGGAUAGCAAUGGCGUGUGGAAAGGCUGGGAUUCUGGUCUUGAUCAGGUAAUUAUUGAUUAUUUCUCAGUUCUCUAUACUACUGAUCAUGCUAUAUGUGGCUCUGUUGUUAAUGGCAUUCGGCGUACUGUAACUGUUGAACAAAACGAUGCCUUACUUUGCCCAAUCACACCUGAUGAAGUUAAACAAGCUCUCUUUCAAAUGCAUCCUGAUAAAGCUCCUGGUCCUAAUGGUAUGAGUCCCGGUUUUUAUCAGAAACAUUGGGAUAUAGUCGGCACUGAUAUUGUUAAGCUUGUCAUAGAGUUCUUCAACAAUGAAUGCAUGCCGACUGGUCUCAAUGACACUCAUCUAGUGUUGAUCCCAAAGAAGAAGAACUUCUCCUCUAUAGGUGAUUUGCGUCCUAUUGCUCUCUGUAAUGUCUCCUACAAGAUUCUUUCGAAGGUCCUUGCCAAUAGAAUGAGAGUGCUAAUUGAUCAUAUCAUCUCUCCUACUCAGAGUGCGUUUAUUCCUGGAAGGCUUAUCUCUGAUAAUAUCCUGAUAGCCUUUGAAAUCAUGCACUAUCUCAAGAGGAAAACAAAAGGUAAAAAAGGAUUCAUGGCCAUGAAGCUUGAUAUGAGCAAGGCUUAUGAUCGUGUUGAAUGGGAUUAUCUGUCUGUUGUCAUGCAUCGUAUGGGGUUUGCUGGUAAAUGGGUCAGCCUUAUUAUGAAAUGUGUUACUUCUGUUCAGUAUUCUGUUUUCCAUGAUGGCCAUCUCAUGGGGCCGAUUGUUCCCUCUCGUGGAAUCCGCCAAGGAGAUCCUUUAUCUACUUAUCUAUUCAUCAUUUGUGCUGAAGGGUUCUCUUCCUUGAUCAAAAAGUUUGAAGAAGAUCAGGUUAUCCAAGGUUGCCGUGUUGCUAGAAAUGCUCCUCCCAUCACUCAUAUGUUAUUUGCUGAUGAUAGUUACCUUUUUUGUCAAGCAAAUUCCACCACAGCUAUCAACAUCAAGCAAAUGCUUCACUCCUUCGAAAUUGCAUCUAGGCAAAAGGUGAAUGUGGCUAAGUCUUCUAUUUUUUUCAGCCCCAACAAUGCAACACCAAACCGUAAUGAGAUUUGUAAUGUUCUUGGCAUGACAGAAGCUACUGAUGGCUCUCUUUACUUGGGACUACCUAACAUUAUAGGUAGAAAGAAGACUGUGAUACUUGGCUUCCUCAAAAACAAGAUAAUAAAUCGGCUCAAUAGUUGGAAUGGCAAGUUCCUAUCUCGUGCAGGCAAAGAAGUUCUCCUUAAAUCUGUUAUCCAAUCUCUUCCAACUUAUGCUAUGAGCGUCUUCCUUCUUCCCUUGGAAACUUGUCAAGAGAUUAAGAAGAUUAUGGCUAACUUUUGGUGGAAAACUUCAAGUGCUAAAGGUCAAGGAAUCAUAUGGAUGUCUUGGGAUCGUAUGGCAAUUCCCAAACAUUCCGGUGGUAUGGGCUUCCGUCACUUACAUGAUUUUAAUCUUGCAAUGCUGGCCAAACAAGGGUGGCGGUUUCUUGUCUCCCCAACAUCCCUUGCCAGUCGUGUGUUCCAAGCCAAGUAUUAUCCCAACUCUGAUUUUCUUUCUGCAGAGCUUGGCAACAAUCCAAGUUUUGUUUGGCGUAGCAUCUGGAGCGCACAAAGCUUGGUUAAAUUGGGUUGUCAACGAACCAUUGGUAAUGGAAUGUCAACAAGUAUCUUGAAGCACCCUUGGCUCCCCGAUCCCGUCAAUCCUUUUGUGACUUCCAAUGCUAUCGGCCUCACCAACCAAAUGGUCAACUCUCUUAUGGAUAUUCAUGAGACAUCUUGGGAUAUCCCCCUGGUUCAAGAUAUGUUUAAUUCUAGAGAUGCUCACUUGAUCCUUGGAAUCCUGUUGAGUGCUACACCAACUGAAGAUUGUUGGUCCUGGAGGGGUGAAAGAUCUGGUUCCUUCUCUGUCCGUAGUGCCUAUGAUAUGCUGCAGAUUAGUAAACAUGGUCAACAGAAUCAACCAAACUCAGGAUUUUGGCACAGGUUUUGGCAUCUUAAAAUACCACCAAAAGUGAAGAACUUCAUGUGGCGCGCUGUCACCAAUACUCUCCCCACAUGCCUUGAACUGGCUUCAAGGAAUGUCGAUCUAUCCUCCUUGUGCCCUGUCUGCCGCACUGCGGGUGAGACUGCUUCUCAUGUGCUAUUGAAUUGCUCAUUUGCUUUCAGUUGUUGGGAGCGUUGUGGGUUCACCAUCCAAUCCGAUACUUCAUCAACUAUUGGUUAUUGGCUUGACUCUACAUUCGCAUUGUAUGGUGAUGAUAUAGCUUGCCGUGCCAUCAUGAUCUGCUGGGCACUUUGGAAGUCUCGAAACAAGCUUGUUUGGGAGAAGAAGACUUCCUCUCCAACUCAAGUCAUUCAUUCAGCAUGGACUACUUUUGACCACUGGCGUACUGCUCAAGAUAAAACUAGUCUAUUAUCAUUGCCACUCUUGCAACAUGAUAAUAACAUUGAGCAUUGGACUAAACCCGAUUCUGAUACAGUCAAGUUAAAUGUUGAUGGAGCGUUAUUUGAGAGAGAAAGUGCUUAUGGUUUUGGCAUUGUUGCUCGAGACUCGACGGGCCACAUUGUUGAUCUCCGAGCCACUUAUCAGGGAGGAAACUACCCAGCUGAGGUGGUCGAAGCUCUUGGCAUCAAAGAAGCUCUCAGUUGGUUGAAAGAUAAAGGAUGGAAUAAAGUUGACAUAGAAACUGAUAGUAUGGUAACGGUGCAAGCAAUCUUUAGUAAUCAAAUUAUGUCCUCUACUUUUGGUUUGGUUAUUAGAGAUUGUAAAAGUCUAUUGUCAGCUUUAAAUAAUGUUAGUAUUCGUUUUGUAAGACGAUCAGCAAAUCGCGUUGCCCACUUUGUUGCUAGGCGAUCCCGAUUUUUCAUUGAUCGUAGCAUUCAUAGGAUUGAUUUUCCUGAUGAGCUUCAAGCUCUUUUGUAUGAUGAAUGCUAA